UCUAUGUGUCAUAGACAAUAAAAUCCUUCAUCGACUUCUUUGGUUUAUAGCCACGAGGUUUUUAGAAAUAUUUCAAUUUAUUAGUGAAAUAAUAAAAAAACACCACAAUUUCGUCGAACAAAAUGCCACCCAGCAAUCCUUUGCCACCUAAAGAAAAUGCUCUUUUUAAAAGAAUUUUGCGUUGCUACGAACAUAAACAAUACAAAAAUGGGUUGAAAUUCGCCAAGCAGAUUCUAUCCAACCCUAAAUAUGCAGAGCAUGGAGAAACUUUGGCAAUGAAAGGAUUGACAUUAAAUUGUCUGGGUCGUAAAGAAGAAGCAUAUGAAUAUGUUCGCCGUGGCCUCCGCAAUGACCUGAAGUCCCCAGUUUGUUGGCAUGUUUACGGUUUGCUCCAACGCUCUGAUAAGAAGUAUGAUGAGGCCAUUAAGUGCUACCGUAAUGCCCUCAAGUGGGAAAAGGAGAAUAUUCAAAUUUUGAGAGAUCUGUCUUUACUUCAAAUUCAGAUGAGGGAUUUGGAAGGUUACAAAGAUACCCGAUACCAGCUUUUCAUGCUAAGACCAACACAAAGAGCAUCAUGGAUCGGUUUUGCCAUGAGUUAUCACCUCCUAGGUGACUAUGAGAUGGCGAACAGCAUCUUAGAUGCAUUCCGCACUCAUCAGAUGAAAGGCCCGUAUGACUAUGAACAUUCAGAGCUGCUUUUAUACCAGAACAUGGUUUUAGCAGAAUCGGGACAGUAUGACAGAGCUCUACAACAUUUACAUAAGUUCCAAAGCCAAAUUCUUGAUAAGUUAUCUGUGAAAGAGACCUCUGGUGAAUAUUAUUUAAAAUUGAAGAGGUUCAAAGAAGCGGAGGUGGUGUAUGAGGAUUUGUUGAAGAGAAAUCCUGAGAAUGUGAUGUAUUAUGAAAAACUUAUAGAAGCUAAACAACUUAGUGAUCCUGAUGAAAAAGUGGCCUUUUACGAUGUAUAUAAGAAAGAGUAUCCCAAAGCAAUAGCGCCGCGUCGGCUGCAGCUGACGGAGGCGCAGUCGCAGCCCGUGUUCGAGCGGCUGGUCGACGAGUACCUGAGGCACGGCCUGCACAAAGGCAUACCUCCGCUAUUUGUCGAUAUAAGAUCUUUAUACGAGGAUCAAAGUAAAUCGGACACAAUAGAGAAAUUAGUGUUACAAUACAUAGAGAAUCUUACAAAGACUGGUACGUUUGGCCCGGAGCCGAGCGAAGUAAAGCAGCCGGCUAGCGCGCUUCUCUGGGCGUAUUACUAUGCGGCGCAGCACUUCGACUACAAGAAGGACACGGACAGAGCGCUACACUAUAUCGACGCAGCGAUAGAACACACACCUACUUUAAUAGAACUAUUUAUUGUCAAGGGACGGAUAUACAAGCACGCCGGCGACCCGGUGUCGGCGUACCAGUGGGUGGAGGAGGCGCAGGCGAUGGACACGGCGGACCGCUACGUCAACAGCAAGUGCGCGCGCUACAUGCUGCGCGCCGGACACGUCAAGCGCGCCGAGGACAUGUGCGCCAAGUUCACCAGGGAAGGAGUACCCGCGACAGAGAAUCUGAACGAAAUGCAGUGCAUGUGGUUCCAGACGGAGGCGGCGGCGGCGUACCAGCGUCUACAGCAGUGGGGCGAGGCGUUGAAGAAAGCGCACGAAGUCGAUAGGCAUUUCUCCGAAAUAAUGGAGGACCAGUUCGACUUCCACUCGUACUGCAUGCGCAAGAUGACGCUGCGGUCGUACGUGGGGCUGCUGCGGCUGGAGGACGUGCUGCGCUCGCACCCGUUCUACUUCCGCUGCGCGCGCGCCGCCAUCAGCGUGUACCUGCGCCUGCACACGCGCCCGCUGCAGGACGCGCCGCAGACGGCCGAGCCCGACACAGAAAACUUGGCGCCGUCGGAGUUAAAAAAGCUUAGAAACAAACAGAGGAAAGCCAAGCGCAAAGCGGAACAGGAGAGUGCACUCGCCGCACAAGUUCAGGUAAAACGGGAGCAGCAUCACAAAGCACGCCAGCAGCAGGAGCAGGGCGACCCCGAGGCGCCGCAGCUCGACGAGCUCGUGCCAGACAAAUUAGCCAGGGCAGAGGAUCCCUUAGAGCAAGCCCUCAAGUUCCUACAACCACUGCGGACGCUCGCAGCGGACAGAAUAGACACACAUUUAAUGGCCUUCGAAAUAUACUAUAGAAAAGAAAAGCCCCUGCUGAUGCUGCAGAGUAUAAAGCGCGCGUGGCGGCUGGACAGCGGCCACCACCACCUGCACGAGUGCCUGGUGCGGUUCCAGAGGUGGUUGGACGAGUCGCUUGCGUCCUUACAUCCUGACGUUGCCACCGUACUCACCACAGAGACGCAACCGAUGGUGGCGGGUCGGUCGUGCGUGCAGAUGGCGGAGCAGUGGGUCUCGGGAGCCGCGCGCACCUCGCAAGCCGCCGCGCUGUGCGGCGCGCGCGCGCUGCUGCACGUGCUGCCCGCGCGCCGCCCGCAGGCGCUCGCGCUCGCCACCGCGCUGCACUACCCCGACCUCUCCAUACAGGGAUGCGUAGAAGUAUUGGACAGUCUUCGCGACGGCGACUUCGGUCCGUGCGAGACAGAGAUCUCGUCGUACAUGGAAGCGUGCAGCGCGAAGUUCCCGUACGCGCUGGCGUUCAAGCCGCCUGCGCCCGCGCCGGCCGCGGAGGAGGACGGCGCCGACGACGCGCCGCCCGCCAAGGACCCCGUCGCCAACUAGCCGCCCUCACCACCACAUCUCCACACCACCACCGCAGAGUUGGCAUCGGACGAAAUUAACCAAACGAACGCUCGUACGCACGAUCUGUCCACCGAUGUACCAAUGCUCAUACUUCUCUCGCACGGCUGCUUUUUAACAAUAUAAUAUUACGUUUCUAGCAUUUGUGGCAAUUUUUUAACCCAAAGCCUCAAACCUCGUUGACAUGAAUGAUGUCAAAAUGACCGUUUUUAUAACGUCGGAUUUCGUUGACUUUGUGUGACUAUCCAUAGUGUAUUAUUAAAAAGUGGCAGUGUAUCCAUAAAUUGUUUGUUCUCAUAUGAUCUAAAACGUGUUAAGUAAGUACUGUUUUUAAACAUAUCUCUGAUGUUCAGGAAAAAUGUUCAAUGAAAUGUUAGAUAGUUUUAAGACUGCCGUAUUCGAUGGAUCGUGUUUCUUCUAAAUGUAAGUACGUUAUUUCUUCGAUCUCAAUUCUGUUUGUGAGACGGACCUCGAUGUGUGAGUAGUCUAAUACUUUUCCGAUUCCUGUGUGAAUUGAACAAAAACAAAUUUUUGUGCCGGUCUCGACUGAACCUAAAGUAAGGUACUUUCUUAAUUGUAUGGGUUUACACGUGAUCUAAGAUACUGAUUAUUACUAACAGAAAAAAAAUUACAAUGAUUUUUUUAUCGUGGCACGAUACGCUAAACUGUUAGUUUAAUACCGCCUAUUCGUUCAACACACAUUCAACCAUUAUCAUUAUAAAUUUUAAACUAUUCUAUAGCAUGACAAGGCGGUAAGUCGAUAUAUUUGAAUCAUGUCUAAUUUAAUUUAAAAAUACACGAAGUGGUAUUUAGCUAUGAGCUCACAUAUCGAGGUUAAGUGAAGUUAAUGAUGCAAUUUUAAUACUGGAACGUUUCUCAACCACGAUAUAAAACCUAUUUAUAAUAAAAUUUUACAUUAUCUACUAAUAUUAUGUAUGCUGGAUCCGAUCGUUUGGAGUCUGUCAUAUUAGAGGGGGUAAUUCUCAUAAAGAGGACAUAUCUGUCAGUAUAUUUUAUUGAAAUGCCAAGUGUCGUGAAAAAUAGUCUUUCCAUAUUGUAAUGAUUUCUUAUGUUUACGCGAAUGUUAGAUAUUAAAAUAAAACUUUUUUUACUGAUUUUAUGGCGGUUUUUUAUAUUAUAAUUUUCGCCUUAGAAUUGGACUUUGCAGCCUUCGUAGUCACGGGGCGGACUCACGAAGGCUGCAAAGUCUUCGAAACGUUGGCAGAAAAUUAUAGUAUAAAAAACCGCGGUAAAAUCAGCAAAAUAGUUUUAUUUUAAUUUCCAUAUUGUGUUCCGUAUUUCGUUUGGGUUAUUUAUCUGUUCCUAGUGCGGAACAUGCUGCUAAGUGGUCACUCUCGUAUUUCUAUAUAAUAUUAUGUCGUUACUAUUCAUGUAUGAAGAUUUUUUUUCUCCAUGACUGCCGACAUAUUUGUCCGUUUGUUGUGAAUAACCCUUGGAAGAAUGUCACAAAGACUAUGGUGUGGUUUUUGAGGGUUUGCAUCGGUUUUUGUUUUUAUAUCGAAAUGAGAUCAUUGAGCUGUACUGGUAAAAAAAAAUUUACAAUGAAAGAGAUCGCUAUGCAUUGCGUAGUAUAUAGUUGUACGUUUCAUUUAUGUACGUACUUUUAAUUACUCUUCACAAUAUAACAGGAAACGAUAUUUAUUAAUCCAUUCAGCAGCUCAUAAAUCCGUUGGAACGCCAGCGUUCUUAAAUAGACAUCAUCAAGCAUGUUCCUUUUCGUUUAGAUAUUAAGGUUUUCUUUGCUAUGAUCGUCUAAAAUUUGCGUACGCUUAACUGUUAUUGCUUUCUUUACUCAUGUACGUGUUUACUUGUUAUUAUAAACUAACCUGACGUAUAUCACGGCCGUAUAUAUUUUGAAAGACAGUGCUGUGUUCGAGACCGCAUCGGCACACAACGGGCGGUGUUAACAAAUCAAUCCCACUUUUGAACAAAAAUUUAAGUAAAUAUUUAAUGUGUUGAACUCAAAAAACGAGGGUUAAGCUGUUAUUUAAUAGUUUUCAGCUGGAUCGGCGCUGUUAAAAAAAGUCAGAUGUCAAAAUCUGUCUUAUAUUGUGACUUAUAAUGUCAUGUGAGGUGAUGUUAAUGAGUUAUUAAUAGCGACAUCUUGAGAUGCCGAACUUAGUUUGACAGCUUCUCAUCUGAUAUCACAUUUGAGAGCGAAACUGGUUUGCAUUUAUUAAUACGGCACUACAUUUGACCACACCGAUGGACAUAACUUCUGUAAUGUCAUUAUCAACUUCAAGGUGACAAUUAUAAAACUUUCAUUGUUCGAUAUAGCUGAGACUAGUCCCGACACAGACUAAAGCUUAAGCAUCGUGUCAUAUUGUACUAUUGACGGUUUCUCCUUAACGUGGGUUGGGCCUAAAAUAGUAGUUUAAAAAAAAUGGCAUGUGAUCUGUUUAAAAACUGUUUUGAAUGUUGAACGCAAUAGGUUCGCCAAAGAAGUUAGGGACCGGUACUUGAGUGUUGGUACUUGCGUCCGUUCUGUGAUCCACGAGAAAUGGCGCGUCGGUCUCGACGCGUCCUCUGCAGCAAUUUGUACAAUAAAGUCUUCAUUAAUAAAACUAGUGUAAAUUUCAAUAUAAUUAUAAUAAGUGAUUUGGUCUAAAAAUCUAUGUAAUCUCUUAAUUUCUAUGCGAAGUUGACAACGUGCAACGUCCAAGUGUUCAAUAAUCAAAUUGUAAUAUUAGGAUCGAUUCAAUAACGACUGGUUUUGAUGUGUAUAAAAGUUUGCGGCAAAGUAGAACCUCCACGCGGUACUGAUUGCUGUUUACUGAAUUGACGCUUUGUAAAUAAUUCUUAUUUUUAAGUUUGUAUUGUACAAUAUGGUUAGAAUUCUAAAGUGUUUGUCGACUUGAUAUUCGAUGACUGUGCGGGGCGCUAGCGUGUUUGAUUGAUAAAAUAUGGACUCAAAUGUAACGGAUUAGUUUUUCAUUUUUGUAGAUAUGUGUAAAGUUUGGACAAUAAUUGUAAUUAUUAUACUCCAAAUUGUAUGAAAUGGCAUCGUUUGCGAUCGGUGAGCAGCUGCCGGGCACGACGGGGGUGUGUGCCUUCUAUUUAUCACAAUUAAAUGGUGGCAUUCAUUUAUAUUCUAUUGAGUUUUUGUUUUCUUUCUACUGAAAACAGUGUACUUUUUUAUAUCUAGGUAUGUUUCCAUGAUACAUACACCUUGAUGUUCCUCCUAACAUGAAAACAACAAAAAAAAUAUGUCUGACUUAACUAAUUUCAACAUUGAUUAUUUUUAUUGUAAAAUAACACUGUUUUCAACAUAGAACAUUCACAAUGUCAGAUUCUGAUGUUGAGCAAAUAGCUCCAUAGUUUUAGAUCGUGUUUACUUUUUGCCACAGUCCAGUCGUUUAUAUUGAAAAUUAGGAGUAAAACUUCAGUAUUGACCUAUAAAAUUGAAAUGUUUAUUUCUGAAGAAAACCCCCAAAAUUAUCACACAAUUGUUCAACUAGUUAAAAGCCAUGUUGAUUUUAUGGUAUUUGUGUUGAGUGAUCGGAGUAUUUGUACCCGUUCCACCUUGUACAUAAAGUAAUAAAAUUUUAUUUUACAAAAAUUCA